AUGGAAGCUCAAUCUCCAGGAUUGCCUGAGGUUAGAGUAGUUCACCAUCAAGAUUUGAACAAGAGAAUUCUUAUAGCACUCAUUGUUGCUUCCACACUCCUUGGAGGAAUCUUGCUGUUCCUUUCAUGUUUUUGGAUCUAUAGACAGAAAACCUUGAAGCAUUCCAAUGGGAAAAAGGGAAAGCCAAUUGAGGCUGCAAAGGGGAUGCAAUUCAAUCCAAUGACAGUUGAAUUUAAUACCUUGCGAAUGGGGAGUAGGAAGGGUUCAGUUGCAGUAUUCAAUUAUCAAUCGCUUGAAGAUGCAACAAACAAUUUCAACGAAAGUAAUGUUUUGAGUGAGGAUGGUUCUGGACUUCUUUACAGAGCUAGUUUUGAUGACAAACUUAUUGCAGCAGUUAAGAAAGUAAAUAGUGAAGGUCCGGAUUCUGAUAGAGAAUUUAAGAAUGAGGUGAACUUGUUGAGCAAAAUCAAGCAUCAAAACAUCAUUAGACUUUUGGGUUACUGCAUUCACAGUGAAGCAAGGUUUCUUGUUUAUGACAUGAUGCAGAAUGGAUCCUUAGAAACUCAGUUAUGUGGACCUAAUCAUGGGUCAGCUUUGACUUGGCAUCUACGGUUGAAAAUCGCUGUUGAUGUUUCCAGGGGAUUGGAAUAUCUUCAUGAGCAUUGUAAUCCCCCUGUGGUCCAUAGAGGCCUAAAAUCAUCUAACAUUCUUCUGGAUUCAAAUUUUAGUGCUAAGCUUUCAGAUUUUGGUCUUGCUGUAACUGCUGGGAUGAAGGAUAAGGACAACGUAAAGCUGUCAGGAACUUUGGAUUAUGUAGCACCAGAGUACAUUUUGGAUGGUCAGUUAACUGAUAAAAGUGAUGUCUAUGCUUUUGGAGUUGUCCUUUUGGAGCUCUUGAUGGGAAGAAAAUCGGUGGAAAAUAAAGCCGGAGCUGAAAGCCAAUCCAUAGUCACAUGGGCCAUGCCCCAGCUCACUGAUAGAUCAAGGCUUCCAAACAUUGUGGAUUGUGUGAUAAAAGAUACUAUGGAUUUAAAACAUCUGUACCAGGUCGCUGCUGUGGCAGUACUAUGUGUACAACCUGAACCGAGUUACAGGCCAUUGAUAACAGAUGUUCUGCACUCGCUAAUCCCUCUCGUCCCUAUCGAGCUUGGAGGGUCGCUGAGGAUUGCAGACUGUGUACCCUCAGCCUGA